AAGCGAUCGGAGCGUGUUGAUCGCCACUCACAGCUCAACUUGCUUCAAACAAGCAAACAACUAGCCUACAAACAUGCUCAAGAUCACCAUUGCUGCCUUCGCCCUCGUGGCCGUCACCGCCGUUGCUGGAUACGAACAUGCCCCCAAGGACUACUUCCAUGUUCCUAAGUACAACUUUGAGUACGGCGUUGCUGACGCGCACACCGGCGACAAGAAGAGCCAGGCCGAGACCCGUGAGGGUGACGUCGUCAAGGGCCACUACAGCCUGGUGGAGCCCGAUGGCACCACCCGCACCGUCCACUACACCGCCGACCCCCACAACGGUUUCAACGCUCAGGUGACCAAGUCCGGACACGCCGUCCAUGCUGCCCCCGUCCAUCACGCCGCCCCUGCCUACCACGCUGCCCCCGCUUACCAUGCCGCCCCCGCCGUGGCUCCUCUUGCCUACGCCGCUCACGCCGCCCCCGUGGUCGCCCACCCCCAUGGCGCUCCUCUGGCCUUCGCCAACCCUCUGGGCUACGGACACGGAUUCGCCAAGAUCAACCUUGCAAAGACGCAGUUUGAUACAGAAAAAGGCCAGCGUGAGAGACAAUGGCCUAUGACCUUCCCCAUUUUUUUGAUUGCUUCGUCAGUGCUGGCUGUUGCCUCAGCAGGAUACCUGCCUUCAGCGAAAUUGAUCGACUAUUAUUCGCAUCCGAAGUACGACUUUAGCUAUGGCGUGAACGACCCCCACACCGGAGACCAGAAGAGCCAGCACGAGACCCGCGACGGUGACGUCGUCAAAGGCCAGUACUCCCUGGUGGAGCCCGACGGUUCCGUGCGCACCGUCCACUACACCGCCGACAGCGUCAACGGGUUCAACGCCCACGUGACCAAGUCUGGGCCCGGCGUGCACCCGCCGCCCGAGCUCAAGAACCCGCACCCGGCGCCCAUCGUGGCCGCACCGGCCGUUCUGCCCGCUCCUGCCAUAAUCCACAAGCCUGUCUUGCACAGACCACUGGCCUUCGCCAAACCGAUCGUGGUGAAACCGGCAAUCGCUGCGCCCGUCUACAGACCCGUCCAGCAACUGUUCGCCACCAACCCCAUCCACCACCAUGAGUACGUGGCCGCACACUACAACCCCGUGCCCAUCAAGUACGUCAAGAACUACCAGUACGAGCCUCACCCUCACCAGACCUACUACGACCACUUCGACCGGUACGACCAGGGCGCUGACUACGCGUUACAAAACUCGCAGGGAUACGAUUAUUCCUACUAAUUUCGCUUGUUCUCUUUUAACUUAUUAAGAUGUAUAAUUUUUGUAAAUUUUUUAUACAGAGCUAUUUUGAAAUGAUGUAAGAAAAUUAGAACUUGGUUGUUUUCUCAUGAAAAGUGUGUUUUAAUAUCAAAGAAACGUGCAAAUGUUUAAUCGUUUCGCUGGAAAAGAAUACCUGAUUUUUUAGAGCAUAAUCUCAGUUCUGAUGUUGAUUUUAGAAGAGAUUAAUUAAUAAGUGCCUUCCUUAACAUCAAGAUCUUUUCCAUCAUCUCGAAAAAUUUGAUAGUGCUUCAAUUCUCGUGAUUUGAGUAUUUUAUUUCCACCGAGUGCUGAAGUUGGAAAUUUUUCUUAUGUUUUGUGAAAAUAUAAACAUUGAAAAAUAUCCAAAUUCUCUAAGAGAUUUUCACUCCAUCAUCAUUCUCUUGUCAUCUCUUGGAUUAAUUUAAAAAUUGUCCUCAUGAUUUUUAUUAAAAAUGAAGCUAAAUAAAAUAAGAGCUUGUCAAC